AGUUGCGUCGAGUCGUUUCCUGGCGGCGCGCCGAUGUCGACGUGCGUUGCGUCUGGGACAAACGGUAGCGCAUCGCGUUGUGCGGUUUAGUUUUUCUUCUUUUUUUUUUAUCUCAUUUCGCGAGCAAGCAUCAGACACGUGCGUCGACUCAACGGUGGCAGCCACAUCGGAACAACCGAGAAGAAAUCACCAUCGUCAGUGCGAAGAGUCCGAGCGCGGUUGUUUUUGCGUGGUCGUAGUAGUAGUGGUUGCGGUGGUGUGGUCGUAAGCGUGUGCGUGGUGUGUGUGUUCGAGCGCGACCCGAGGGCGGCGGGUGAGUGUUGUGGAAAAAAAAAAAAAAAGCCUGGCGGGGCGCGAUCGGGGGUGUGGGUGUCUCGACGAUUUCUGUCACGGCCCGGCAACAACGACGUUUCAACGGGGAAGGCAGUCCGCAGACAUGAGCCACGGCGGACCGUUUCUCGACCACUGACAACCGCAAGCGUCCCCGAAGUCGCCGCCGCCGCGCUAUGAUGCAGACGUCGAGCCAGCAUGAGGAACUCAAAGCCAUGGCAUACACGCCUUUCGAGGCGCAACUUGUAGCCGACACGGCCUCGAGCCUGGACGACAUCGUCGGUUCGACCGAGAAGAAACAACCCGACGAGACCGGCAUGACGUUCGACGACAUGCUUAUGCAGCAGCAACAGCAGCAGCAGCCCAAGAAGGUGCCGCCUCCGAAUGGCAAGAAGACCAAGGGACGCGUCAAAAUCAAGAUGGAAUUCAUCGACAACAAGCUGCGCCGGUACACGACGUUCAGCAAGCGGAAGACGGGUAUCAUGAAGAAGGCAUACGAAUUGUCCACGCUGACGGGCACCCAGGUGAUGUUGCUGGUGGCAUCGGAGACGGGCCACGUGUACACGUUUGCCACGCGCAAGCUACAGCCGAUGAUCACGUCCGAUGCCGGCAAGGCCUUAAUCCAGACGUGCCUCAACUCGCCCGACCCACCUCAGGGAACAACAGGUCCGCCGGGGCCGGGACCGGACCAGCGGAUGAGUGCCACGGGUUUUGAGGAGACAGACCUCACUUAUAGCGUCACGGAGGACAGCGAGAACAAGGACUCAAAGGCCCUGUUCAACAGCCUCCUCGGCGGUUGCCAAGAUGACAGCGAUAGCGAUGGUUCCAGUCCGGACUCGCCACCAUCCCCAAACAAAGGAGCGAGCACGAAUGGGUCGGCAUCACCAGCACUCAACUCGAUACUUACUUCAGGUGGGCAGAUUUGGUUCUGUCCUGUCACCGGAGGUGCGUCGAGUAGCGGGUGCAGCCCAGCCACGGUCACCGUGUUGCCCGGUUCCCAGUCGUCCCUGGGAACUCUCAUGUACCAGACACCGCAGGGACUCCUCUACGCCGCCCCGCCCGGUGGCUCUUUGCCGGAAGCUUUGCUGCUGAACCUCAGCCAGCCGGUCUCGCUCAAGGCAGAUGGAGACUGUCCCACACAGCAGUACAUCACAAUCCCAGUACCUGUGUCAAUGGCACAGCAACAGGCUAGCACAACAUCGUCAAGCUCAUCAUCCAAGAGAGAACGAACAGGCAAAUAGGCCAGAAAAUUCUAAGCUUAAGCAGAAACUGCGAAAGAGGUGUGCCGUCGUGAUUACGGCAAAGGCUUCUGUCUAUACGACGUACAGGAUCAGAGAGCCAGCCUUGCACUAGCAGUGCCAUCAUGACAGUACCUGAGAAGAGCAAAAAGCCAAAACAGCCGGCCAAACCUUUUGCAUUCGGUCAGACUAUGAUGACUAUGGAGCCUAUUUUGAACGCCCAGUCUGUUGCUUGGACAGCAGUGGCAAUAAAGCUUUUAUGACACUUG